ACUACUACUACUGUCAGUUGGAGUACUCCUAAUCUGCAGUGUCAAUCAAACUAAUGUCUAAUUUAUUUACUACCUAGAAAUUAAGAAGUCUUUUUCCGUGUUUUCAAUUUAAUUAAUGAAUUAAAUAGUUAGUGUUCUAUAUUUGUUUAAACGACUAUUAUAAUAUCAUAAUCUAUAAUAAGAUAUGGGUAUAGAAAACAUGCGUCGCUGGCCUAUGUAUAUUGUCUUCGCUUUAUGCAUCUUACUUUUACUUUCACUAUUCAAUAGUUGGAGCAUGGAAGCUGAAUUACGAGUUAGAAUUGCUGAAAUUAGCACACAACUACAGGAAUGCUCAAAACAGCAGACAUCGUGUAUGGAGGAGUCUUUGACUCUAAUGGAACAGAGAGAUGGGUAUGUUAGUAAAGUCAAUGAUCUGGACAAACAAAAGGUAAAAUUGUCUGACGACGUAGCUGAAUACAAGAGUAAAAUAGCUAAAUCAGAAACAAAAGUCAAUCGUACACGUGUUGAUUUGGAAUUUUGCAAAACUGAAUUACAGUCUCUGCAAAAUUUGCAAGUAAGUAAAUCUGCUACGUUAGAGACUUUGAGACUUGAAAAAGACACACUAACAGCCCAACUGACUGAUAGGAAGCAGAAAAUUGAAGAUUUGGAAAAAGAGAUUGAAAGGUUGAAAUCUGCAUUGACAACUAAAAGUGCACCAGCAGUUCCUUCCAAGGUAACACCAGCUGCUCAGCCUCCUAAACUAAGCCCUGCACUGAAUGUUCAUAAUCCCCUUAAUGAGCCUGUCAUUGAAGAUAAUGCAGCUAAAGAAGACCUUGAAGACACAAAUGCUGUUAAUGAAGCUCCAGAUUUUGACCAACAAUUCUAAUAGACUAUGUGGUCUAGGUAAGCCAUAUGAUAGACUGAAUGUCUUGAGGUUAUAAAUCAUAUUUUGUUUAUUCAUUUUUUUACAAAAUGCACUAGAUAUUAAAAUAAUAUUAGGAAUAUGCAUAUGGAUUAUACAUAAUAUGAUAUACAUAUAGACUACAUUGCUGAAUCAUGAUCUCCCCUCAAUUUGUCGAGACAGGAAAUUGUAUAAAUAAUGUUUAUUUUACCAAUUUACUAUUGAUACUCAUAUGAAAUUGGUUUUUUAGUUAAAUUAGUGAUAUGUUAUUAGACAAAGUGUGUUGUAUUAUUGUUUUAUUGUAUAUGUUUAUUAUUAGUGACACAAUUAACAUGCAAACAGGAAUACUUGCUAGUUUGAAUUUAUAGGGAAAAUAUAAAUUAUUGAUAAUUUUUUAGUUGAAAGGGCUGUAAUAAAAAUGUAGAACACACCGUUCAUAGUGUUUUCAUAAUGUAAUGAGAAAAUAUGUAUAUAUGUAUAUCUGAAACAAAUAAUUUACAAUAUAUAUAUAUAUAUA